AUGGUCGUCCAAGUCUCUUGUCCCGCCAACGCGGAAACUCACAGCCAUACACCGCCUUCCGAGCAACCACAAAUACCAACCAGGCCAAAGGUUCACUCGAUGCGUUACCACUCAAGCAACGUUUAUGUUGGCACGACGACCAUGCCAUCAGCAUUCUCGGUCCGACCUGCCAGCGGCACCAGCAACCCAGAUGACACUAGUGAUUACAUAGUCGAGCUCUUUUACCAUCGCAACAGAGCCUGUAGUCUUUACCGGACCGAGGACGACUUUCGGGCUCUUGUCAGCGGAAUCAUGUCCAGCAACGUCGUGCCCAACAUGCCCUCACUGACGUCGCCCCCAAGAGUCCAGGAUCUGGAGGCUGCAUUGGCCCUCGCAAUCCGAGCAGACCGAACGGGAUGUGCGGUCGAAUAUUUCCUGAGGCGGCGCAUGGAGGACUGUGGUGGAAGCUGA